GUGUGUGUAGGGUCUUAUCUAGCUUUAAUGUCCGACGGGCUUCAUAAAGCUGUGAGGAAGAGAAAGACCCCCCCCCCUCCGCUCUCUCUCUCUCUCUCCUCAGCGCGGUGUUUGGUGCUCGAUGCCGGUGUUUAUUGUGGGGGCGCUUAUGCUAAGCUAAUCGAUAUUUUUCACAGGAUUCUCAGCGCGCGGACAGCGAGCUGUUCACUGAGGUUCUCCUCCAGAAAGACCCAGCAGCCCGAGAGUCGUUUGGCCUGAGGCAGUGCGGACACUAACAACUUUUCUUUUUGGGGCAAAGAUCAUCUCCGUCAUCUGUUCCACUGCUCUUAAGAGUGAAGGUCGUGUGGGGUUGAGGCUCAGAGGUCAGCAGAAGUUGUUUGGUGUGAGUGUGGAUGAAGAGGAGACCAUGAAGAGUAUGAGUACAUUCACCACUGAUGUUAAAGAGAACCGCAAUGUGGACAACCUCUCUUCCAAAGAGGGGCUGGGGGAAGGGCAUCAGAUGGCCAACGGGAGCACACCGGGCUCGGGUCGGAAGCGGCCGUUGGAGGAGGGCAACAAUGGUCACGCCCACUCCAAGUUCCGACCCAAGAAGCGCAAGAAAACGCCCGGACCUGUAUUGCCCAAGAAUGCCCUGAUGCAGCUUAAUGAGAUCAAACCUGGGCUACAGUACAAGUUGCUGUCCCAGACAGGACCAGUCCAUGCUCCUGUUUUCGCCAUGACUGUGGAGGUCAAUGGGCAGCUCUUUGAGGGAAACGGACCGACUAAGAAAAAGGCAAAGCUGAACGCGGCCGAAAAAGCACUGCGCUCCUUCGUCCAGUUCCCCAAUGCCUCUGAGGCUCACCUGGCCAUGGGGCGAACGCUGACCAUCAACACAGACUUCACUUCAGACCAGGACGACUUCCCCGAUACUCUGUUUAACGGCUUUGAGACACCUGUCCCACCUGAAGACCCAUUCUGUCUGAAUUCCAGUCCUAACAAGCCUUUAUCCGCCCUGAACAAGGGCCAGCUGCCUGUCCCGCUGACCCAGGCUACCCUCCUCCCCAACACAACCCCGGUCCUUACCGCACCACCCAUUGGCCAUGGCAAAAAUGCAGUGAUGAUCCUCAAUGAGCUACGCCCAGGCCUCAAAUAUGAGUUUGUGGCCGAGAGCGGCGAAAGCCACGCCAAGAACUUUGUGAUGGCCGUUACUGUAGACACCCAGGUGUUCCAGGGCUCAGGACGAAACAAGAAGCUGGCCAAGGCAAGGGCGGCCCAGGCGGCACUGUCUGGUCUCUUCAACAUGCAGCUGGACCAAACCCCCUCCAGGCAGCCCAUACCCAGAGAUGGUCUGCAGCUACACCUUCCACAGGUCCUGGCAGACGCUGUGUCUCGGCUGGUGGUGGAAAAGUUCAGCGAGCUGACGGACAACUUCACGUCUCCUCACGCACGGCGGAAAGUGCUAGCGGGCGUUGUCAUGACAACAGGGACUGAUGUGAAGGAUGCUCAGGUGAUCUGCGUUUCCACUGGAACCAAGUGCAUUAAUGGAGAGUAUAUGAGUGACCGGGGACUGGCGCUAAAUGACUGCCAUGCAGAGAUUAUCACACGCCGCUCGCUCAUCCGAUUCCUGUACAGCCAACUGGAGUACUUCCUCAGUAAUAAUCCUGAAGAUCAUGCCAGGUCUGUGUUUCGCCAGUGUGAGACGCACGGUUACCAACUGAAGGAGAGUGUUCAGUUCCACCUGUACAUCAGUACGUCCCCCUGUGGAGACGCUCGCAUCUUCUCUCCACACGAGGCCGCUGUAGAAGAUCAGGGCGACAGGCACCCAAACAGGAAGGCCAGAGGGCAGCUGAGGACCAAGAUCGAGUCAGGGGAGGGGACCAUUCCUGUGCGCACCAGCAACACCAUCCAGACCUGGGAUGGAGUACUGCAAGGGGAAAGGCUGCUGACCAUGUCCUGCAGUGACAAGAUUGCCAGGUGGAAUGUUGUGGGGGUGCAGGGUUCCCUCAUGAGUUACUUUUCUGGACCCAUCUAUUUCUCCAGUAUAAUCCUGGGUAGUUUGUACCAUGCGGACCACCUUUCCCGGGCCAUGUACCAGCGAAUCUCUGACAUAGAAGAGUUACCUCAGCCUUUUAACCUCAACCGACCACUGCUCAGCGGUAUCAGUAAUGCGGAGGCUAGGCAGCCUGGUAAAGCUCCUAACUUCAGCGUGAACUGGACAGUGGGAGAUCAGGGUUUAGAGGUCAUUAACGCCACCACAGGGAAGGACGACCUAGGACGACCGUCUCACCUCUGUAAACAUGCACUGUACAGUCGCUGGGUUCGCCUAAACACAAAGCUCUCCCAGACUCUGAGGAUCAGAGGGGACCAGCCAGCUACAUACCAUGAGGCCAAACAGGGGGCGAUGGAGUACCAUACUGCCAAACAGACUCUGAUUAAAGCCUUCCAGAAAGGAGGCCUGGGGGCCUGGGUGAAAAAACCCAUCGAACAGGACCAGUUCUCACUCACCCAGUGAGAUGAAGGCAGAAAGAAGAAAGCAGGAUGCAGCAUGAGGGAACUGUUUGUACUGAGUGAUUCAGCUUUCAAUGAGUGAUAUGUUCCCCUUUUAUGUUGAUGUCUGUGUGUAUGCUACUGGUUUUAAUAUGUUUUAAUAACAUCAUCUGUGUUUUUUUUACUGUAAGUUGCUGAUACAGGGUGAGAAGAAUCAGGUCAAUGUUAUUUGAGUAAAGUUCUUGUUUAUUGUUAGUCAGGUUAAGUUUUAAGUUAAUAAUAAUGUCGGAUCAUGAGGAAUUAGCAAGUUGCUAACUGGGUUUUUAAUUCUCGUUAUUAAAGAGUUUAUUUAGAAUUAUUUUGCUAAUUUGUGUUCACAAAGCACUGAUGAUUAUGGCGGCAGCUUUCUCUUACAUGCACAAUAUGUCCUCUAAUUAAGAGUUUUCCCAAAUGUAACUAAACUAUAUUGCAUUUGUUUUGUUUUAAUCGUAAUUUUAUUGCUGUUUUUCAUAAUCGUGUUAUUUUCGAAGUUUCCAACCUCAUAUUCCUAAAUUGUUUUUGCACAAUGAAGACAGUUACUGUAUUCUUCCUCCCUGCUGAAAUGAAUGUCUGUAAAUUUCCCUUUAAUAUUGCAUAUUUAAAAGAAAAUGCUGCAGACCUUCAUUUGCCAUGUGAAUGAAGGGAAGGUGUGAAACUGGAAUUUCUACAACUGCUGUUCACCUAAAUUUGAAUGUUUAGAAGUAAAACCCAGAAUGAUUUACGCUUGCAAUUUAUUGUCAUUCCAGCCAGUUAAUGUUACCAGCUCAAUUUUUGUUAUUAAAGAUGACUACUGUAAUUCCAAA